AUGACCAUCGACGAGGAGAAAGGGCUCCCGCCCACAACGGCGAUGAUGACCACCAAGGCCUUUGACGGCGAGAAGGGCUUCGAGACCCUUUCUGGCCCGUCCUCGGAGGAUUCGCCCCAGCUAUACAACAAUACCCCGGUCCACCAAGACAAUGGCAUCCUCUCCAAGCUGCGCCGGCUAGAAGCUCGCAUGGACGAGAAAUUGGGAGUCGAAAGCGAGGCCAUCGAUCGUAAACGCCCCGAGGACAAGAAGCCCGUGCCCUGGCAUGAACAGCUCACCAUGGCUCUUCUCUGGGCCAGUGGCACCAUGAACACGUCCUGCUUCGCCACCGGGUUCUUGGGGUGGGAGUUUGGCUUGAGUCUCAAACAAUCCAUCCCCAUCUACAUCUUAUCCUCCAUCCUCGGAGGGGCCGUGACUGGCUACUGCGCGACAUUCGGCGCUGCAACAGGCUUGAGACAGAUCUCCGUCUCGCGAUAUAGCUUCGGGUGGUAUCCGAACAAGAUUAUCGCUGCCCUCAAUACCGUGCAACAGAUCGGCUGGGCCGCCGUGUCGUGCAUCACGGGUGGAUUGGCCCUCAACGCCGUGGCCGACGGGCACGUCUCCCUCGCAGUGGGAAUCGUCAUUUUGGCUAUUGUGGCGCUCGCCAUCUCCUUUGUCGGCCUCAAUGCUAUUUUAGUGUAUGAGCGCUACGCCUGGCUCAUCUUCUUCGUCAUCUUCAUGAUCAUCUUCGGUGAGACGGGCAAAUACGCCGACAACACGACCCCGUCGUCCCUGCACGGCGCUACCCUGUCGGGUACCGCCCUCUCACUGGUCGCUAUCGUCUAUGGCUCCUCGGCUUCGUGGUGCACCAUGGCGUCCGACUACUAUGUGCACUACCCGGCGACCGUGUCGCGGGUCAAGGUCUUCUUGAUGACCAUGUUUGGCAUCAGCAUCCCGACAUCAAUCGGCAUGGUCGCGGGCUCCGUGGUGGCGUCGGCGCUCAACAACAAACCCACCUGGCAGGACGCGUACGAGAACCAGGGACUGGGCUUUUUGAUCCAGGACAUGCUGCACCCGCGCGGCUUCGCCAAGUUCUUGCUCGUGCUCCUCGUGCUGUCGGGGAUUAACACCAACGUCAUCUCCAUCUAUUCGGCCGCCAUCUCGUGCCAGCAGUUUGCGCGGCCCUUUGCCCGCAUCCCGCGCUUCAUCUGGACGUUUCUGUGCUUCGCCGCCAUCCUGGGCCUCGCCCUCGGCGGCCGUGAGAAACUCAACACGUACCUGGUCAAUUUCCUCUCCCUGCUCGGCUACUGGUGCACCUCGUACUUUGUCAUCCUCUUCUCCGAGCACGUCUUCUUCCGCCGCCGCAACUUUGCAAACUACGACCUCGACGCCUGGAACGACCCCGCCAGACUGCCCCACGGCAUCGCCGCGUUUGCUGCCUUCGGCCUCGGCAUCGUCGCCUGGUGUAUGGGCAUGGUCGAGACCUGGUACACGGGCCCUCUGGGCAAAUUGAUUGGUGACUUUGGCGGCGACGUAGCCAAUGAGUUUGCCUUUGUUGUUACUGCCGUCGUCUAUACUCCCGCGAGGUAUCUGGAGCUCAAGUACUUUGGACGAUAG